CCAGCAUGCCCGGCGGCGGGCGGAGCAGGAGCGGGACGACAUGGCUGCCCGCAUGCCCCGCCCACCCAGCCCCACCCCCUAUAGCCGCUAUGGGUGCAGGGGGGGCCGGGACCCCGGGGAGCUGCAAGCGGCGCUGGCGGAGCUGAGGGAGCACAACCGGGAGCUGCGGCAGCGCCUGCACCAGCGGCACGAGCAGGCGCAGGAGCUGCAGCGGGCGCUGGCGGGGGCUCGGGCACGGGCUCGGACGGCAGCGGGGGCGCGGGCCCAGCUGGAACGGGAGCAGCGGGGGCUGCGGGGGCGGCUGCAGCACCCCGGGGUGCCCCCGCACCCGGCCGAGGCCGCCCUGCGCGCCCGCUGCCUCCACCUCCAGGAGCUGCUGAACCGCGAGGCCGGGGCGCGGGCGGCGCUGGCCCAGGCGUCGCGGGCGGCGGGACGGCGCCUGCGGGUGCUGCUGGCGGAGGCCGAGGAGCAGCGGCUGCGGGGGGAGCGCUACCGCCUGCAGGCGGAGGCCGCCGAGGAGGCCGAGCGGGCGCUGCGGGACCAGCUGGCGGCGGUGGCGGCGGGGACGGCGCGCGCCGAGGCCCAGGGCCACCGCCUGCGCCGGGCGCUGGACGCCGUCGGGGACGGGGCCGCUGCCACCGCGCGCCGCGUGGCCGCCCUGCGGGCCCGCCUCAGGUGCGACCCUCUGACGCUGUCCCGCACCGUGCGCCGCAUGCUCCGGGGCGAGGACGAGGACAGCGAGGACAGCGGGGGCAGCGGGGGCAGCGGGGGCAGCGGGUCCCCCCCGUGGGCCCUCGGGGAGCCCCUCGAAACCGCCGCCGGCCCCCGGGGGGGCCUCGAAACCGCCCCCAAGGAGCCCCUCGAAACCGCCGCCGGUCCCGGGGGGGGCCUCGAAACCGCCCCCGGGGAGCCCUAAAAGUGGCUCUGACCCCAUAGAGCCCCCCCGGGACCCCCCUG